AUGUGCCACGAGCCCGAUGAGCCUGCCAAUGCCACGGGAAUUUACCAAGCUUUCCGGCGAAAUCUUGGAUGCACGACACCCGAGCGAGAAAACGACCGCACCAUCAGCAACAUGACUGCCCGCACGCCCCAGAUGCAGCUACAGACCACAAUGACUCUUUCGAGUUUUGAGCCAUCAUCCACGCUGGAACUCUCCACGUUUGGUCACAGUUAUUCCAGACUCAAUCAGACCACCGUGUUCGCCUCCCCAGACGAUCGCGACAACCCCGGCAGUUCAAGGACGAGUGGUCCCCCGAAAAGCCCCAGAUGCGGAGGGUCGAAUGGGGUGCUUGUGUUCGGACGCCAGGCCGAGAUUAGGAAGGACUCUGCAAGUGGUGUCCUGGCUCGGCGGGAUCAGGCCAAGAUGCCAGUAGGACUUCUUGCAUAG